AUGUAUGCUACUCGAGCUCUGAGAAUGAUGCCCACGAGGCGCAUGAUGUUCCCUAUUCCUAAGGAGGACCAAAGCGCGCACACCGUGUCUCAACGCCUGCGAAAAUUGCGACAAAUUCCAGCAGAGCUGCUCCCGCUCGGCGUUGUCGUUGGCUUCGCCGUUUUCGCUGCCGGCUACUCCAGCUUCCGCAAGUUUAGGGUCGACAAGAACCUCCGUCUUAGCCGUCAAAACCGCAAGGAGGAGCCUUCGGAUCACGGCGAGCACGCCGAACACUCCGAACACUAG